UGUUUUCCCUUCAUCCAUAUCGGAUUAACCUUAUGAACGGGUUGGAUGGAAAAUCAACAUCACGUGGGCCCUAGGAAAGUUUCAACGAUGGGAGUCAUUCUCCCCACCAUGCUACUGAAAGAAGAAAAAACGCACUUGGGUUCUGUUCUCUGAAAACCAGGGAAUUAUACUUGGGAUUUCCUGAUGCUUUUCUGUCAUGGAAUCUUUCCUUCAUCUGAUUGUUGCAGACUCAAAGACAUGCUUUUGGCACUCUCACACCAUGAAAAGCGUGUAACUUACACACUCAAAAAUAGAUUUUUUAUUUUAUUUUUUUAUUUUUUACAGCUUUUAUUGUAGAGGAUUUUCCUAUCCUUUGUUUGGUUUUUGGUUUUUGCUUCCAUUAAAACAUUCAUUUCUCUUUCUUUCCCUGUAUUGCUGCAAUUCAAUGCAUUUCAUUAUAUGGUUGUGAGGAGAAUUUCAUGAUUAGCUCUCCAACACAUGCCCAUUAUUUCUUGCUGCUUGUUUUCAAUUAUAAUAGAAGAAGAGAUGUUCAUGGUUUGUGUGAGAAUUCUAAUGAAAUGCUGUAAUGGGUGUCGGGUUUUUCUCGUUUACAAGUGAAUUUUAGCUGCUGCGAUCCGCCGGCAUUCUAGCCAGAGUAGGAGAGGAAGUGGAAUUGCGGAAUGAUGGAAGAGAAAGAGGUCUCAAUUCCAUGUAGGUCUUUUUCAGAGGAGAGAGAUGAGAGCAUCUAUCCAAUGUAUUUCGGUGUUUCCUGUGCGUUUGUUGCUCUUCAUCUACUCUCGACUGAGAAAAGACCCACCACCAAUGAUGGUAGAUGGACGACAAUCGCAGAUAGAAUGCUUCUAGGCAGUGCCCAACUUGUAGGAUUGCUUGUGUGGAAAGCUCAAGGAGGAGAGGUAAUGGACGGGAGGUCCGACCUUCUGGACAAGCUCAAGAAAUCGGAGAAUGAGGUGGCGGAAUUGAAGAUAAGGCGAAGUGAAGAUGCAAAGGCCAAUGAGAAGGUCGUCGGUAUCUUUGCCUCGCAGGAGCAGAGCUGGUUUUGUGAAAGGAAGAGGCUUAGACAGCAGAUCCAAGCUCUUUUAGAUGCCUUGCGCAACCUUGAAGUAAAGAAGGAGGAAUCUAUUUUGAAUUUGAAGGAGAAAGCUGAGGAGAAGGAGCUUCUGAUACAGGCUAAAGUUGAGGCAAUGGCGGAAGAAGAGAAGAAAAGGAAGGAGUUAGAAGAGAAGCUGCGAAUGGCAGAAGAGGUUGCGGAGGAAUUGAGGGAAACAGCAAAGAAAGAAAAGCAAGUACAUUCGUCCGAGCUUUGUAAGCAUAAGACAGCCUUCAUUGAGCUUGUUUCUAAUCAGCGGCAGCUGGAAGCCGAGAUGGGACGUGCUCUUUGGCAGGCUGAUGCAACGAAGCAAGAUCUUGAUGAGGUCCUUGAGCAGAAGGAGGAGUCGGUUUUGCUGGUUGAAAAGCUUUCCAUGGAGAUUAUCAAGAUGCAGAAGGAUGCAGAACAGAAAGAUAAAAUCCUGUCUGCAAUGAUGAGGAAAUCCAAGUUAGAUAUGGCAGAGAAACAGAUGCUGCUGAAAGAGGUGAAGAUAUCAAAAGCAAGGAGAAAGCAAGCUGAGCUUGAAACUGAAAGAUGGAUGGGCCGUUGCGAAUCAAGACACGACAAGCAUUUGAGAAGUAAUUUGGCCAAUAGAUCCCAACCAUGGUUGGAGAUGAAAGGAUUGCAGUCUUUUGAGGCAGGAUGUUCACAGAACCGAAGGAUGGAAUUGCAGCCUACUGACAGUGGCCUUAACCACAAAAGUCUUCUUCUCGAAUGCUCUUCGGAAGCCAAGCAUGGGAAGGAGGUUGAAUGUGUUGCACAGAAGAGAGUGAAUAAUUCAACACUCGAUUGUUUAAGUCGAUACUCACCUGAAGAAAAUGGAGAACCUGUGAUUACGGCCAAUGCUGAACAGCUGGAAGAUUGGGUUCGUAUGGAAACAGAGAAGUACAUAUCCAUUCUUGAGCAGAGGCACUCAGCUGAAAUAGAUGCAUUCGCAGAACAGAUGAGGCUCAAAGACGAGAAGCUGGAGGCUUAUCAUUGGCGGUUACUGAGCAUGGAACUAGAGUCGAAGCGGUUGCAGUCUCAUAUUGAAGGGCUCGAGGAGAAUCUAUCCCAAUUCAGAGAGGAAAACAUGAAACUAGAAGCCUUUUUGUUGAACGGGGAAGCAGAACUAAAAUCCUUAAAAGAGAAAUUCAGUAUCCAUGCCCAGCAUUUCCAAAGCGGCAACUCAACUUCCUUUCUAAAAUCCCAAGCGAUAGUUCCUGCAUGGUCAGAAGUGAAGAUUAUAAAGAAAAAACCAAGGGACAAAGAGCAAGAACAAACAGCGACAUUGACACAAAUGGCAUUGCAACGUGAGAGAGAACGAAAGCACAAAGAGGUUAUUGAUAUUGACACCAUGAGAGUAACACCAACAUCUGAUCCAUUAAUGGACAAUGCCACUGGGGGAGUUCACAAUCAAUCUGUUGAAGAAUUUGACAGAAGUGAAAACCCCAUUGAAGACCAAUCGCAGGAUACAAAUCUCACCUUCCAAGCUCCUGAAGAAGAGGUCAAUGAAGAGAAAGUGGUAGGUGUUGAUCUUGGUCAUGCUCAAGAAGAAAAUGUGGAGAACGAUCCCCAAGAAGAGGCUGAGGUUGUUGAAAAAUCAGUAUCAGCUGAGAACUGUGUGGUUAGGAAGGAUCCUUCGUGGAAGAUGGACAUCCAUGCUCUUGGAGUUUCCUACAAGAUCAAAAGACUCAAACAGCAACUUCUAAUGCUCGAAAAGUUGGCCACAACAGCAGCUGCCAAGAAGCCAGCUAGUAAAGACAAUGUAGCUGAUAUGCCAGAAUGCUAUGAACAGAGGAAGACUGAUGAUGAACAUGGACCCAAGAUGAAGGGUUUCCUUCUGGUGAUGUCAUUGCUCAAUAAACAAGUGAAAAGGUACCAGUCUCUUGAAGAAAAGGCUGACGAUUUGUGUAAACGGAUGCAUGAAAAUAAUCAGGAGGGGAACAAGAGAGAUUCCAGCAUCUCCAGGACAAAGGGACACAACAAAACACUUGAACACUUCCUUGAAGAAACGUUUCAGGUUCAACGGUAUAUGGUUGCAACUGGGCAGAAAUUGGUAGAGAUACAGUCCAAGAUUUCAAGCAGUUUUGAAGUUAGUCCUCCCGACAGUGUCCACAUAUCUGCGGGCUUUGAUACGCGGCAGUUUGCAGAUUGCAUUAGAACACUCUUCAGAGAAAUACAGAGAGGCUUGGAAGUCAGGAUAGCUCGGAUUAUUGGAGAUCUUGAAGGGACUCUGACUUGUGAAGGGAUUCUUCAGUUGAGAAACUAAUUCUUAGUGUCCCGAAAAAAGGAAAAAAAAAAGUGUUGAACGAAUUUUUAUGUUUUUUUCAAAAUUUGAUUGAGAUAUGAAUGUUGAGAGGGGCUCAUCAAUCAUCACGAAUUCAGGAGAAGAUGCUCAUUUGCCUCUGCUCUUUCACUCUCCUCUCAGAUAUUUUCUAUAGCUGAGUUUGUAAAGAAGGGUGCGUCCCUAUGUCUUUUAGGCAAUAAAAUGCAGUGUUUUCUCUUUCAAUG